AUGGCGUUCCACGGUGGCUUGCUGCCUUCAAUGGUAGCAGCCGCAGCGGACACCUUACCUUCCAUCACCAACACUCUCAUGAGGCCCUGGCGACCUUCGUCGGUGCCGCGCCAGCAAACCGAUGCUGUUGCUGAAGCCGAGACUGCGCGAACCGGUUCCGUGGUUGAAGCGACAGAGAAGUCGGCGCGAACCCUGCUACCCGAUUUUCUUCAGCAAGCACCGUCGCACGUACCAAAGGCCAUUACAUCUAGCGCGAUGAUACCGACCAACGUCCGCACUUCCAUCUCUGGACUCGGCCGGGUUGGGUUGCUCGCAGCGAACCCAAUCCUCCGGAGGCCUUACUUCCAACCUGUUACCACCGUCUCGUCUCCCCUCGUCAACCUGUUUAUGCGAUCUACUCCCGCCGUCUCGACCCCGCUUCGCGCAAUGUCCACGACCCGGAUUCUCUCCGGAACACUCGGUACACAACGCAGAGGCUUUGGAACGUCCAAUGGAAUUUCUCGCAGUCAAUUAGCCUCCGUCGAAGAAUCAGCAAACAGGAACCCCGGAAAUGCGAACCUACAAAACGCCUUUUACCAGCUUCUUUUGAGAGCAAACAUGCCUGGCAUCCUAGUGGAAAGAUAUCAAACUGGCCGUUUCGCAACAAAUGCAGGCACCGAGGACGCUUACAAGCGGGCUCUGGCUGCUCUUAAUAGUGGUACGAGCACCAUCGCGACAGCUACAGCGACACCUGGAUUUGCACGAGGACAAUGGGCUGGAAACGAACAGGCCAUUGCGAACGCAGCUCUUAGCGGAUCGAUGGGCGUCAAGGGUGAACCAAUCCACGUUGUUGUCCAAGAGUCAACCCGGUCGCUUGUCUUUCGUUGGGUCAAGUUUUUUGCUACCUUUAUUGUCUUCACCUACCUCUGUUUCGCAGCCGUGACGAUCCUGAUUGAGACGUUGAGCACCUUCAGGCGUGGACCAGGAGCAAAGACCGACUCUGAGGUCAAGGCCGAGAAACAGACGACCCGAUUUGACGACGUUCACGGAUGCGACGAGGCUAAGGAAGAGCUACAGGAAGUGGUCGAAUUUCUCCGUAACCCGGAUAGCUUCUCUGAUUUGGGCGCCAAGCUGCCUAAAGGUGUUCUCCUCGUUGGACCCCCUGGUACUGGAAAGACGCUGCUCGCCCGUGCUGUCGCUGGAGAGGCCGGUGUUCCCUUCUUCUACAUGUCUGGCAGUGAAUUCGAUGAAAUCUUUGUUGGUGUCGGCGCCAAGCGUGUCCGAGAGCUAUUUGCGGCGGCCAAAGCCAAGUCCCCUGCUAUCAUCUUCAUCGACGAACUCGACGCUAUUGGUGGAAAACGUAACCCAAGGGACCAAGCUCACUCCAAGCAGACUCUUAACCAAUUGCUCACGGAACUUGAUGGAUUCGAUACAGAUACAAAGAUUAUCAUCAUGGCGGCUACCAACUUGCCCAAGUUGCUGGACAAGGCUCUUACCAGACCUGGACGAUUCGAUCGACACAUCAACGUGGACCUGCCGGAUGUUCGUGGGCGUAUCGCCAUCCUGAAACAUCAUGCUAAGAAGAUCAGGCUAUCACCAGACGUGGAUCUUGAUGCUAUUGCCGCACGUGCGCCUGGACAAUCUGGUGCUGACCUCGAGAACAUGCUGAAUGUCGCAGCCCUGCGCGCUAGCCGAGCGAAGGCCCGUGAGAUUUCAAAGCAGGAUAUCGACUGGGCAUUUGACAGAAUCACCAUGGGCGCCGAGAGAAAGUCGAUGGUGGUGACGGAAAAGGAAAAGGAAAUGACAGCAUACCACGAGGCUGGCCAUGCUCUUGUCCAAUUGUUCGAAAAGGAAAGCUCCAACCGACUCUACAAGGUUACAAUUCUCCCAAAAGGCCCUUCCCUGGGCCACACCGCUCAUGUCCCUGCUAUGGAUAAAUACUCGUACACCGCGGCCGAAUACAUGUCCAACAUCCGCGUGCUUCUUGGAGGCAAGAUGGCAGAGGAGAUGCGGUACGGUGACGAUAAAGUGACGUCCGGUGUUUCCAAUGAUCUGGAGAGAGCUACUGACCUGAGCUAUAUGAUGGUCACUCACUUUGGCAUGUCCAGCGCUUUGGGACCUGUUGAAUACGGCAGAAGAUAUGAGAACCUCAGUUCUGAGACCAAGGCCGUGAUUGAGGGCGAAGUCCAGAAAACGCUGAGAAAAUCCUACGAAGACGUGAGAAAGGUUCUGACGGAGAAGCGCAAGGAACUCGACUUGCUAGCUCAGGCAUUGGUACAAUACGAGACGCUGGAUAAAGAGGAGGUUGAGAAAGUCAUCCGUGGAGAAAAGCUACCUGGCCGUACAAUCGUGCCCAAAGGACCGCUAACACUACCAAUCCCGGAUGAGAUUCCUCGACCACCGGGACUGGGAGUGCCCCAGCCGCAUCCUCCUGAAACACCAGCUCCCCCGGCUUCCGCUAGGUCAUCUGCCACAUGA